AUAGGAGCAACCGAGAUGGGUCUAUUUCAUUAUUAUAGGGCCCCGAAUAGCCCACACAGCUUUUUCAUCCAAGCUUCCGACUCCGCCACAAUGUUAUGCGUAGAGGAAGCGAGGAGAAUGGGAGGUCGAAGCAGUGAGUGCAGCAACAGCAGCAGCGGCGAGGAAGACGGGGAUUCCGAGUGGAAAGCGGCAAUCAAUUCCAUCGCUGCAUCCUCUUCGUCGGGUUUUCUAUCUUCCUUCAUGAAUGGCUCUUCCGCAACCUCCAACAGUACCCAAAGUGACGGCGACGACGACGAUGCUGGAAACCGCAAACAAAACCCACAACAGCUCAAGUAUUACCAACUCAAGGCCCAAAAGCUUUUAGAUGAUAUGCUAGGACAGAAACUAGAGAUGGUGAGAGACCCCAUUGAUGCUCCUCAUAAAGAUCCCGAGAUUGAUGAAGGUGGCAUUCAUUUAUUCAAACAUGCUCCCCGUGGAAUAGUGUUUGAUUAUAUAGACGAAUUUCAACAGCCAAGAAAGAAACCGAGAAUCCUUCCUGGGAAAGAGAUUGAUGAGAAAUCAAAGAAGUUUAGAAGACAAAUCCAAUCUGCUGCUGUCAAUGCAGAAGAUAUAAUGGCUACCGCAAGGGAUGCAUGCCAAAAAGCAUUGGCUAGACUGGAAGCUAAAGAUGCAGCUGCAAAAGCAGCAGCUAAAAGGGAGGAGGAAAGAAUUGCGGAACUGAAGAGGAUUAGGGGUGAGAGAUGGCUACCUUCCAUUGCUAGAGAGAUGCGGGUAAAUCUUCAAGAAAUAUCCAUGAUCGUAAUCUCUCACUUUCUUUGCCAUUGCUGGAACACUCAAUCAAGGAGAAACUUCACACGACUAGUAUGGAUUCAUAUUCAAAGGCAAUUUGACUUCUGCUCUUAGCUGUGUUGCGUCGGUUCUUUUUGUAUUUCAAUCGAUAGAAAAAUCCAAAUUUCAUAAACAAUCUAUCGAAGCCGACCUUGGACCAUCCUAUCACUGUUGACUGUCGCGUAUAAUAACCACCGCCUAUCUGUUCAUGUUGUGUGCCACUUCUCAAAUAGCUUUGCCAUUCAUCGUCUGACAUAAAAGGCCAAACUUUUCGAGUUCCAAAAACUUCAUAAUUGUGCUUGGUAAUCGAAAUGAGUUUCAAUCUUCUUGAACAUAUACUGGGAUAGCUAAAACUGAGAUCAUUAACAAAGAGUGCGAAAGAUUGAAAGAAAUCUACAAAUUACAAUAAUGUGGAAUUUGGGAAACACGUUUUCAUUGAAAUCUUCCAAUUAUAUAAUGAGUUUACACCUUGCGAAUUGUCCUUGGAGUUGUUCUUAGCGUCAAACCUAGUUAAAAGCAUGCCUCUAUUUUAUGUUGCUCAUAAUUGUGUGAGAUUUGUUAAGCUUCUGAUCUUUGAUCAUCCCGUCACUGUCGAUUGCCGCGUGUAAAAAACCAACAUUAUCACUAAUCAAUGUCUUUUGAGGUUUAUUCAUCUCGACUUCUUUAUUUUGACCCACAAAGUACAUUCAAAGGUAUAAUGCUACAGAAAUUAGCUUCAGAAAGUGGAUAAAAAAUAAAUCUUUAUAAUACAACCAUUAUCAAAUCGGAUCCAACUAAAAUUUAUAUACCCGUUAGUGAUAACAACCGUUGUUAUUAUUCUAAUAUUCCUUCAUGCAUGCUGUCUGCAUCUAAGGCAAGAUUUCUGUGAAGGUGCCCAUUAUGAGAGAGAGAGAGAUUUAUGAGUGUACUUGACAUACAAAGCGAUUCUCAGAUAUGUUUCGCCGACAACUUUUAAAAGCACAUGUUCGGUUCCGAACAGGAAGAUAAGCACGAUACUGAAUAUCAUUGGCCCAUUAGGGCAAUUUUCCUAGCCGUUCCACCAAACCUAACUCUUCUUCCCUUCCAAGUAAUGCUGGAUAUGUCAAGUAAUUGAAAAAAAAAAAAAAAAGUAAAAUACUGAAUAACUUAGGGAACAAACAAAAAGUAAAAUGUGGAAUAGAUAGCAGCUUUGAUCCAAGGAAAGAUAAAGAGUGGGAAGCAACGUGGAAGCAACCGGCUCUUUAGCUUCGAGUGGGAAAACCCUACUCUCACUUUCCUGAACUUUCUUUUAAGAAGCCAGUUAGGGGAGUCCCCACUUCCCUCCCACACACAUUUCCCCUUCUCCUUGACCUGCAAUUCCUUCUUUGUUUUUCUUCCCUUCUUUUUCUAAGCUGGCCGGCAAUGAAUCACUGGUGAAAGGGAUAGAUUUUGAUUAAUGGCAUAGCGUCAGAUUCAAUAUUAAGUUUGUUUUGCAAAAACCUUGGGUGUUUGCUGAGUGCUCCUUUUGGGAAGAUGGCACAUGUGGUGGCAAUGGUGGUCGAGGGAGUGGGAGUCUUUGUAAGGACUCUCUGGGGUCUGCAGGAGAGGCGUUUCUCUGCCACUUUUGAGGCUGUGAGAUCUGCUGCGGUGUCCAUGACAAUGGCUCUCAUCUUCUGCUUUUUGUCUAUUGAUAGACAUCAACGAGGAAGAAUGGGCCUUGCCUUUAUUUGAUUUUCAGUCUUUAUUAAUCUAUAUCUGCCUCAAUUCUGUGUUGCUCAUCAAUUUUUCUUGUACCAUUUUCUGGGCUAUAUGAAGUUCAUGAUACUGAAUGCGAAUAUGGUUUGCAUGGCCUUCAUUUGGUUUUUAA